AUGGCGGCUGAAAACGGUCUGGAUUUCUCAGAAUUCAUCGUCGAGAAGGGACAAGAAGCAAACGAAGACGAGAAAAGUGAAGAAACCACUGAGAUUUCUCUGUCACCAGACCUUGAAGCAGAAGAAGCUAGGAAAAAUGAGCUUCGUUUGCAAGCUAAGAAGGUAAGUUUGAAAUGAAAAUGGGAAUUUUCUAGACAUGGUGUAAGGAUACUUCAGGUGACACGUCACAUGAGCAAAGUGUUUGCUCACUUGAUGUAGUUCCUGUGACUUAUUAUCUCUAUUACAGAUCAAAUGAUGAUAAUUUUUUGGAUUACUGCUUUGACAGAAGUUAAAAACAUGACGCGAGCGUUCGUAUGAAAUUGUUCUUAACGAUCGGAGAAUCGAAAUAAAACUUUGUACUUUUGAGCUUGUUAUGCCCAUUCAAUCAGAAUUCCGUGAUGUUUUUAUCUUUUUAGGUCAAUUAAUCGGAAUAGUAAAAAAAAUUUAUUUCCCUACUCAUUUAUGCGGUUAUUAUAUCAGUGUUAUCGGCUGAAAAUUUCAAACACCUCCAUGACAUCAUAUCCAUGAUAUUGUUGAGGUAAAAAUUUGAUAACAUUCCUUUUCAUGUUCUGUGGACUUUGGCUUUCUUAAACUUUUUGGCACUAGCUUUCCAUUGGUCUUGUAGAUGCCAAAGGUUACAUUUCAUCUCACUGGUUUAAAGUCAUGUGGUAGAAAUUUAAGUUUUUCCUUCCCUGAGGCCCAAAAGACAUUUGAUGAUUUCUAAAAGGAAGAGAAAAACUAAGGAAUCGGGACUGGAGCACAUCACUCUUGCAAAGAAUAAGAAUACAUGUGUUUUUAAAACUCGUUUACGUACUAAAUUACUUAAAGAAUUGUAAUUUUAUAUAUAUUUUAAAACAUUUUUAAUUGUAAAUAGGAUCAUGUAUUGUCUUUGAAAAGCCCCUCGGGAAAGUCAAUAAAGUAUGUAUGUAUGUAUGUAUGUACAUACAGUGAAACCACCAUUAAGCGGCCACCCUCAGGGUACAGGCAAGUGAAUGCUUAAUGGGGGCUGGCCGCUCACUACAGGUUUGUCAUAAAUCAACAUCACAUGAGCAUAAUUUUUAGCAGAAAUAUCACUUUAUUUUGAAACAUGAUGGGAGCAGCAUUACUGGACCAAAGUUGGUCCUCACCUUCUAUCUCAGACUGUAUUUCCUUCAUCAUAAUUAUCAUUGACAUAAAGCCAAACUAAGCACAGUAGGAAAAAAUUGCUAAAAAUCAGCCACAGAUUUGUCCAAACGAUUUUUUUGAAUGUGUAUGGAAUGUUACCAAUAUUAUCUCUUAAACUGUAGAGGAUAAUGAGUUGAGACUUUCACUUUUGUAUUUGUCUUAAGUUAUUGUUUCAAAUUCUUCAUUUUUUGGACUAGUACUGGGCAUGUCCAAAAAGUCCAUUUUGUGAUGUCAUCAGUUGUGAUGUCACAAAAAUGAGAUUUGAGAAAUCAAUUUUAUGUGCACUAUAUUUCUGCAAAGUAUCGCAGUUUACGGUUACAUACUUUUGAAGGAGAAACUUUUGGGAGUUUUGAUUUUUUUAAUUGGCCACGAGAGGGUCUCGUGACUGGUAACCAUAGAAAUGCCUAAUCCAAAAUGUUUCUGGAAUCAAGUAUUGUUGCCUGUAUUAAUUUCAGUAACAUGCCUUUAAAGGAGACAAAGUUAUAGCCCCGAGAAUGCCCCCACUGAAUGUGUUGGCCGCUCCGCUUGGAAAAAUUCCCAGCUUGAACUGAAUCAAGCACACGAUGUCUGCUUAAUAGGGGUGAUAACAAUGGGAGAACUCUCACUGAGACAGGCAAAAGGUGGCCGCGGCUGCUAAACAGAGGUUUAGAUUCCCAUUCUUUUGCUAUAGUUACUUUGAGACUUUGAUUACUGGCCACUUAAUGGAGGGUCUACUGUAUUUCAAUAAUUAAAAUUCCUAGUAACUUUUGUAAAGCUCACGGCUUGAUUAUACGUUUAAAACCUGAAAGACCAUGUGAGAAAUUUUGGUAUAUUUGGCAUGCAUGUACACUGUAUUGUAACUGACAACAUCCAUGAAUCAGGGCUGUCAUUAAGAGCUGGGAGCUGGGGAUUUCCCUCGGCUACUAAGAAUGUGGCCCCCGGCUACUUUCAUAGGAAAAUAGAAGGAAAAUAGAACCAAAAGAAAUCCCUAGCUGUUUGAUUCUCCACCUACUUGAUAUAUUUACGCGGCAACUUGAAAUCUUAGUGACAACCCUGAUGAAUUACUUCACUUUGAUGAAUAAGGUGUACAGUCAACCGUUGUUAUUGCAGACACCUGUAGGACUGGGAGUUCUAGGGCCAUUAUAAACAAGAGUUCAUAAAAAAUUGCACUUCGGGCCUGUUUAUAGGAGGGGAGCCAUCCCUUUUAGCUUGGCUCGCUUGCUUCACUGGGCUGGCUCAGCUCAUACCUUGUUUUCUCAUAAAAUUGUCCUUCUGUUUAUAUGAGAGCGAGAUCUCGGCUGGAUGAACCUCUGAUCUCAGAUCUGAAGCCAACAAAAUUUAUAGUUUAAUCAUUACAACAAUCCACCAAUAAAUCAAGCUCCAAAUAAAAAGGAGCAUGCGUGCGCAUAAGAGAGAUACUUCCUUAUUGCAGACAGUUCUCCUGGACUCAAAGGAGCAAAACUUAUACAACCAUUACCUAUAUACCUCUGCAACGCCUUUAUACCAACACCUCUCCUGUAAUGCUAUUUUUACCCUUCUAUGGUGCCGAUGUACUCAGCUUUGGUAAACGUAUUAAGGAGGUUUUUACUGUCAGUAACAUUUCUAUUUUUCAAAACAUUUUUAAUUUUAGUACACACACAUGCUUUUCUCCACACUUUAUGUUGUGAUAAUUAUCAUGCAAGGGCAUCAGAGUUUUUCCUGCUAUUUUUGUUCUUCAGAUUGAGGAAGAAAUUGUUACAUUAAAACAAGCUCUCGAUCGAAAGGAGAAACAGUUAGCAGAAAUCAAACGGCUGUUGGGUAUAACAGCAUGGUCACAGUUAAAGGAUGGAUUUCACCACCAGUAUCAAAAUCUACAAGGAACUCAGAUGUAUGUUUUUCUCAUUUUUGUGGCUGUACAUGAAACCUUAUGGUGUAAUCAUUGUCAUCAUAAAACAUCUUUGACAGCACAGUACUUCUGUACUGUAGUCGCAGCCUUUGCGCGCUGUAGUUAUCCAACAAAGAAAACUUUAUUUCAAGACUUCUACAACUGGUGAAAGGAAACAAGUGAACAGAAGAAAGACAAUGCAAAUCUAUGCAAAACAAAGUGAAGUGGUACUGAAAAACAACAAUUAAACAAAUACAAGCAGGCUUGGAUCCACACAAGUUUCCACCGAAAAUCAGUCAGAUUUUUAAAAAAGGAAAUAAUAUAUUUUACUAAGAAUAAAACUUUCCAAGUUGAAAUCGUGCCAAUAUCGUUUCUGAAUGACUCAGAAACCCAGGACUUUAGGGAGUUAAAAUCCAAAAAAUUUCCAAAGGGGGAGCAUGCCGCGGACCCCCCUAGAAGCUUGCGCCUUUGCACUUGUUUGGGAAAUCGGUCAGUAUUUAUCCUAGAUCUGUCUGACAAGGUCAAGAUAAAAUAACUCACAAAACUAAAUGAAAAGCAAUAGAGCAAACUGUAAAAGUGAUUGAAACAAACGAGAUGAUAGGAUGAUAGGAAAAUAAGACACUCUAGGACGAGCAAAGACCAAAAAUGAAAAGAUGUAAACUGGACCAGUGAAGUACAACCAAGAAUUUACACGAAAAUAGCAAUCGAAGCUAAAUAAUUAUACUAUAUGCAAAAAAAGCUUGACACGAAGAACAAAGAUGCGCAAACAAUAAAUGACAAAUGAACCAAAAAACUGCACUAAAGGUAGGAACAGGAAAAGAACUAAAAACAUGGCAAACGUACAAACACUAUAGAUAAAAGCGCAAGAUUCCUUACACUCUCAUGUACAGUCCUUUUCUUUUAGUCAUUUUGAAAAAAUAGAGUUUGGAUUUUUUUUUUCGAGUAGCAGUACUUUAAACUCUAAAUAAAGAUGUUGUUGUUGUUGUCGUUGUUGUUGUUGUUUGUUUGUUUGUUGUUGUUUGUUGUUGUUGUUGUUGUUGUUGUUGUUGUUGUUGUUGUUGUUGCUCUAAUCCUUACAAUGGUAAAGGGUCACUAGAAAGCGACAGCCCUUAUGGUAUACAGCAAUCUAAUUCAAUGUUGUGCUUACAAAGUUAAGAGCUUUUUCUCUUUCCUGUUACUUCACAGGUAUCAAAAAACUUCUGACACAUUUAAAGAUUUGAAUGACAAAAUUGUCCACUCACAAGCGUAAGUUCUGUAGUUCUAGUUUCAAGUUCCAGCUCUGGUGUAGGUGUAAAUGUUGUAAAAUAGGUAUACAUUUUGAGCAUAAAUAAGGGGUGCUUACCAUUUGACAGAAAAUUUUGGAAAUUCUGGAUGGAAGGUAAAUGGUAAGGUCACUUUUCGGAAAUUCCAACCAAAAAUUGAGGAGUACAUUUUGAGGUAGUCCAUUCAUUCCGGUUGGUACGAACCAAAUGGAAUGUUGUUUACCAUUAACCAAUUUCUUGGUUCCUUCCCGGUUCCAGACUCACGCUACACAAAUUCGCCCUUUUUUGGAUUCAAACUGUAACGGAUGUGGCAUUUCUACGGUAAACUGUCAAAUCGCUUACCAUUAUGCUUUCGACACCCCAACCGGUUUUUUCUGUCAAAUGGUAAGCACCCAAGCUUUCUAUCAGGGCUGCCUUAAUUUCAGAUAUUCUUAUGUUCGGGAGUUCCUACAAGGGGCUCUUACAUCCAGUGUUCUUACAGCCAUGGGUUCUUAUCUCCUGGGCCGGGUUGUUCAAAACAGGGUUAAGUUAACCCAGGGUUAGUGCAAAAUUUGAUUUCAGAUAGUAAAGCUUAAAAAGCAAAUUCAGUUUUAUACCUUUUCCCUACAAUUUUAUGAUUAGAUGCUCUAAAAAGAAGAGAGAAAGUUAUCCAGGAAAAUGCUUUUGAACAAAAGAAAAAAAAACCAGGUUAAAAUUUAACCCUGAGUUGGCAUUAAUUGGCCUUCGAACAACUGGGCCGUGGGGUCUUACCUCUAGGGGUUCUUAUAUUCAGGGGUCUUACAUCCAGGGGUCUUACAGCCAGGAGGUCUUACAUCCACGGGUCUUACAGCCAGGAGGUCUUACAUGUAGGGGUUCCUGUGUCUAGGGGUUCUUACAUGCAGGAGUUUUUUUGUUUUGUUUUUUAAGAUGGCUGCAUUCACAGGCUAAUCAGUAUUAAUACCAGUAAUUGUAACAGGUGAAUUUUUGUCAACUACCCAUGUAUAAGUUUGGUGUGUCUAAUCCUUAGUGAUUUUGGUCCAUUUGCGUUUUCAGGUACAACAAACUCAGCACUGGAGCUGCUGCAACAAAGACAAUGUUAAGUGAUGCAGGAUCAAGGACAGCAACUGCUGCAAAAAAUGUUGGAUCAGCAACAGCCAAGAAACUUGGAGAAAUCAGGUAUGAAAACUGCUAAAUCGUUUGCUGUUUGUGUCGUGCAGUGAGAAGGUUCUGGUCUUUAUUUCUGUUUUUUUUUUUUUCUGGUUUGUUCCAUGAAGGGGUUCAUCAAUGUUUCAAUCUUUGGAGACUAGGGUGGUUUCAGCUUCUUCAAGUAUAAAGGUGAGAAAUAGUUUUUUUUGCAGGUGAAAAUAACAUAAAUUGCUAUGCAAGUUCUUGUACAUCAGGGUUGUCAAAAGUAGCCGGCUGUCAGCGAAAAUUGCCACCUACUUGGUUAGUAUCGGCCGGUUACUCUGCUUGGCAUUUCUUUGCGGAUGGCUGUCUCUCCUCACUCCUUGCUGUAUGGAAUGUUUCGCAGGAAAAAUGAAACUUCCCUAGCGGUGAGGAGCAAGGAGAGGUGCCUGAAUUUCCAGGUUACAGAGGCCCUGUCAGUAAACACCAUUAGUUAGGUCAAGGAAAUUUCAUUGUGUUAACUUGGUGGUCAAAUUACUAAACAAGGUGGUGUUACAUUGUAUUUCUAAUGACAGGUAAAAUUGAAUCUUGUGUGAUCUAUCAGUAUGCUGGAAAUCACAUAAAGCACUUUAAUGACUUUGUAUAGUUCAGCAUUACUGUUUGUCAGCUUGAAUGUAGCCUGCAUCAACAUAGUCUAACCUCAGUUAGUAACGUCUGCAAUUCAUUGCCAAGAUACCAGCUCUGGGCCCUCAACUGACUCAUUGAAUUGCCAGGAAUGCAUUUCGAAUUUCCCCUCAACCUAAUCGGCAAAUUGACAAUGGCUUUAUUAACAGGCCAAUUAUGGUGCAUACUCAAUUCCUGGUACACAGUUGAGGGCCCAGAAAAGGAAUUUUGGCGCUGUUUCACAUACAGACUUAGCCAGAAGUUUAGUUCCAUCUGUGGUGUCUUGAGUGGUACUGCCCCCAUCAAGUAUUGUACUUGUCAUACUAACGAGGUUAAAUUGCAAAAAAGAUAACUGGGGACAGUCUGCAAAUGUUACUAAGUCACUGGUUAAAAGAGGAUGGCUGUAUUAUAAAGGUUGUAGAAGUAGCGGGUAGAAGUAAGUGACCAUCUUAGCAGGGUGUGGCUGUAUAUAAGGAUUAUAAUAUUCUGUGACAGAAGACAGCUUUUUCCAUUGCAACCAGACAGAGAAAAGGCACAAGCAGAAGUGGAUUGUUAUUAUUUUAACCCGCUUAAGUCCCAAGUGUGGCCAACAUCUAGCAUUGUCAUUGUUCUUCUUAUCAGGCAGUAACUGGUAAAUUUACUGCCUGAAGCAACACUUCUUACCGCCUGCAACAGCCUAAAGGUUUACCAAAAUUAAAGAACUACUUUAAGAAAUACACAAGUUGUGAUCCGAUCUGAUACUCGCAUUCCACAAGGAAAUGAAUGGAUAUAUGGAAAAGUACUAAAGUAUACACAGCUUUUCUUUUUAUGGCCCACGCAUUUUGGAAAGAGAACAUUGAAGACAGAGUAAAAUUAUUGGUAUCAAUCAUUAAAUUGCUUUGUAAAGGUUACAACAACCGAUUUGCAUAAAAUAGGUCUCAAAAUGAGGGAAUGACGUUUCAGAGAACUUGGCUCUUAAAUUUCCAACAAGGGUAGGGCCAUGUCUCACACUCCACUACCCCCUGCCCCCAGGAAAGUGCACCUCUAGUGCGUAUUUUUUUGCCCUAGCAGCUAUGAAUGGUCCCUUGACUGCUCAACUAAAAUUUAGGGAGAACACUGCAAUGUUAACACAUAGUGAACAGAAAAGGUUAUGAGAACUAAUCAAGUGAUGACCUGAGUGAAAAUGCUUUGGUCUUUAAACAAAUUCUCUCAACUAGUUCCUUAAGGAAAUGUAUGGAAAUGAGUGUGGAGUAUUUGUAUGUGGACACUGGGGCUUAAAGGGUUACCUGUAAGAUGUGUCAUUGUCAGGUGGAGACUGUCAACUUUGCUGCAUAAAGAGGAAAUUAAUAAUACAAAUGAUUUAGUCACCUUUCUAAGCUUGAGCCAUUUCUGGUUAACGUGCUAUAAUGCAGUGUAGUAAAAAUGUAAAAAAAGGUGCCUAAGCAGCUUAGCCUAUGAAACAGCCUUUUCACCACUGAAUGUUGAUUUGUAUAUGGUUUUAACAAUUGAAUAUAAGAUUUAUGAUGUUGCAAACUCUUAAUAUGUUGCCAUUGCCUUGAUUACUAUUUUCCGUUAAGGGACCAAUUUUUUUUUAGUGAGGUUGUCAAAGUUCUGCAUAUCUUUUAAAAGGAGUGGCUAGGAAGAACGUCAAAAUACUUCUGAUAAACGGCAUGUUUCUCCUUCCAAACUGCUUUACAUUUACUUGUGAAACAAAGAGAGAAUUUAACAUUUAAUCAAGAGUUAAUGGCAUGAGGGCCCUAAUUCACGUAGCCGUUAGUGUGGUCCUUACUAAUUCAACUUUAAAAGACUCUAUAAAAUCCGUACUUAUCACAGAACUUCAAAACUGCUUCAGCAAAAGGUUCAUUUCAUUCUCUUUUAAACGCGAUAUGCAUAAUACAACUCAAUAUAAAAUUUAUAUUCUUUUAAAACCUCAUGUUAAGAUAGUAUUAAGAGGCAAGAGAAAAUUCGUUAGUUCCCUAGGAUUUAAACUGCCAUUAAAAACCUUACUCAUCAUCUAACAGCCAAUAUUCUAAUAUUGCUCUCUCACUGUAGUUUAAGAUGCUUGGAAGCUCAAACAAGGGAAAACUAGCAACGCCAGCUUCACCUGAUAAUGACAACAGUCUAUCCUGAAGAUUGAUUACUGGUAGUAAAUAAUUGCUGGUGUAAUGUGCCUUUCUUGGGAUGGUUAUCUCAAUAAGAGAUUAGUCAGUGCUCUGGAUCACCGAGUGGAUUUUGUAAAUAACUGGUCCACAAAAAUGUUUUUUCUAAUUUCCAUUUUACAUAUGCCUUUUGAAGUAGCUUAUCUACUUAAUAAGAUAAAAUGAUAACAAUUAAAUUUCUGUCUGAUAAAAUUGAGAAUGAUACUUUUUGUCAUGCAAGUGGUAGAUUUAACCUUCCAACUAUCUUUUCACAAAGGUUGUUGAUUCAUGUACUUUGAUAGAAAUACUUUUAUGGAAAUGAUAUUAACUUUUAUCCCUUACCUAACUAAUCUAACGUCUCAAUUCUCCAACCAUUAUUAUAGAUUGUUUAAGUAUAUAGCAAUAUUUAAUAAUUAUGUGUAUGAUAGGAGAUUUUCGUAAUAUUUUCAUUAAUUUCUUGGGAGAUUAGCUUGUGCUUCAUCGAAGAAGAGACCACCAGGGUUCGCACAGUUUUGAAAAGUCCUUGAAAAUCGAAUGUGGUCCUUGAAAUGUCCUUCAAAAGUCCUUAGAAAUGGUUGUAAUUUUUUGUAUGAACCCUGUACCAUUAAAAAAUGAUCAGAAUCAGAAUUGCUGCUGCUAGUUGCAGUUUUUUUUUUUACAAAAGUGUCAGAUCCCAUUUUUGACUUAGAAUCAAAAGGCAAUCAAGAUAAACAAGUGGGGUUGGGGUGUGCACAUCUUUCUAUUUAAGAUUUUCCCUUAGCAUAGCUUUAUUUUUUUGUCAGAGUAUACUGGUGCCUUUUCAAUGAUAUGCAGAUCAAGGGGGGAAACUUUCAUUUUUGCCAAAAGAGAUGUUGACAUGGUGGCUUUGUUCCUGUUUUACUUUUCCAUUAAACCUCUUCCAGGUGUAAGGAACUUAAGGAAUGAGACAUUAAUGUUAUUGAGAGUGGUAGGAAGACAAAGUGACUGCUGGUAAUAAAGCAGUAAAUCACACCCUGACCCACACACCAGACAGUGCUUGCCACUACACUCUCUUACCCCCCCCAUCUCUUACCCAUCCACACAUACAUGUAUGGGCACACUAGACAGUGGCUGCCAAUACACCACCACAGGGAUGUAGACCCAAUUUUCUUUUAGAAUACUUGCAGGUAGUGUAGUAAAGCUAGCUCUCAUGGUGAUGUACAUGUAAUACCCCCCUUUCUUGGUCUGCCUACCAUGUGUCUUAAAUUUUUGGGGGGAGUUUAUUUUUCUGCAUCAUUGAUUUUUGCAAUUGUACGUUGUAGACUGUUUUUUCUUGCUGGGGAUUAAUUUUUGCCGUUUUUGGGAAGUCAUUGCAUCAGUGUGACUGUCACUUAAUAACAAUCAUCUUCUGAGAUGAAUGCCCUAGUGUGACAGUUUUUGUAAUAACCAUGAUAUCAUGUGUUGCAUUUUCCCCGAGUUAUCACUGGCGUUUUGUAAAGAAAGUAAAUUACAAAAAAAUUAGAAGCCAUAAAAAUUUAGUGUCACAUGGUAGUGCAGUACAUACUCCUAUAAAGGUCGUCCAGUGCCAGCUUCGCUUUCUUUCUUUUUCCUCUUCAAAUAAGUCUUGAACUGAAUGGCCUUCCUUUGAUGACUUUAUAAUUGAUAAAAUAGAAGAGCAAUAUUUUGGCAAGGCAAUAGAAGGCCUUAUUUAACCAUCAGGCUGUAUAUUGACAUACCAGCACUAGUCAACUAAAUGUUAACACAACUGUGUGUUGUUAAACUAGUCUUUUUAAAGUAAUGAAUACUUUUUUCAGACUUGAAAACUGUGUGAAUUUGACUACAAUAAGAUUAGAAUGAAUCAAGUAUUUGUAAUUAAUACUAAGGAUUUCUAAAUUGACUGAUUCAGCCUCAGUCAAUCACCUUACUUGAUGUUAUUUGCCAUGACACAAGUGCUACUUGGAUUUUCAAAGUAAAGAAAUAGCAUCUUGUGCUAAGCUGCAGUCUCUGAGGAUUUGUGGGUGUAAAGAUUGGACAGCUUUGGGUUAUGGACUAGUCAAUGUGCCCAAUGUAGUAGUAUGCGAUAUUUUGCUUAAGUGUGCCCACCUUUCUAUUGACCCUUAGUAGUUUAUGGUAUCAGACAAAAAUAGUAUGGACAGUCCCACCGAAUGCUGUUUCUUCUCGCUCGUCUCCUCUUCCUCCCAAUGUUUUUUAUUGCAGUUAAGUCACAAAACCUUGUGCAUCAACAUUAGGAGGGCAAGAAGGCAGUAAAGUGACCCGCAGGGUUAUUUUUAUCCCCAGUACAGUAUAGUCAUCAUAUCCGUCGGGGCCUAAGCAUGAGUCAUGCGUGGUGUUCUAAGGUUCCCUGGGCCUGUCUAAGAAGUAUCUUGUUUAAGUCCCCAAGGCUUUCUUAAGGCCGGCAUUGAAGUUCAUAACCUUGCAGUCAACCGUUAAGGUCCCCAGGGCCUGUCAAAGGACCCCUGAAAAAUGCACAACAUGAAAUGGCUCGUCUAAGUUCCCCUAAAAGAUAUACCUUGUUAAGUACCCCAAAGCCUUCUCAAGACCUCAUUUAAACUGACAACCUUGCAAUCCACUGUCAAGGUUCCCUGGGCCUGUCUUAGACCUUGAAAAUACACCAUGUAGCAGUACCCUGUUAAGAUCCCUUGGACCUGUCUAAGAUCUCUUCAAAAAUGGGCAACGUGGAAGUAUAUGGUUUAGGUCCCCAGGGCCUUGUAAAGGCCGGCAUUGAAAUACAUAACCUUGCAGUCCACUGUUAAGGUCCUCUUGACUUGUUUAAACAACUCUCAAGACUUCAUUAAAAUUCAAAUGCUUGCAAUCCACUGUUAAGGUUCCCUGGGCUUGUCAAAACCUCCCUUAAAAUACACAACAUGGCAUCGAAGUUGUUGCCCCAGAGCCUUCUUAAGAUCCCCAUUACAAUUCACAACCUUGCAGUCCCCUGUUAAGUUUCCGGUCUGGGCCUCUGUACGCUGCUAUCAUGUCCUCCCAAUAGCUUGAGACUUCGGCCUUGCAGACGAGGUCAGCUUAAACUUGCGGAACUUUACAUUUACUGUAACCUUUGGUAUUUUAUUGCAUAGGAGAGAGUGAUAGGACAGAGAUCUAACAGCCUUGAUGAAUCUGAGAUGAACAAGAACAAUGAACCAGAAGUUCAGGAGAUAACCAUUACAUCUCAACCUACUGAUUAAAUAAGAAAUCAUUAAAAUCAUCAAUAUAUUGAUAAAUCUAAAAUUUAGAAUAAACAAGCAAUAGUAUUAAUACCAUAAUAGUUUUCUACAAGUAAAAAUACCGCAAACUGCUGCCUAUAAGCCUUGGACUUAUCCAGUUUUUGAAGGAAUCUUAGGAGUAACCUGCGAUCGGGCGUAAUUUUUGGGGGGGAGAGAAAAAGUCGGCCAACGCCCUACCAUUACAAAGAGCAUAGGAAGGACGCCUGAUCACAGGUUAUCUUCGGAGGGCUUACAACCCGAAUAUAAAUGGCGCUUCGUAACAAGCUCUAGCAGUUUUUUCAAACUAUCAUGAUGAGUCAUAUUCUUUUCAAUAGAUUCGGAGGCGGCUUUAAUUCGUGGGGCUCUUAAUCGGGUGUGUUAUUUUGUUUACAGGUAGAUGGGUCUAUACCCGGAGGGGCGUAUAAGUGGCGGGAGGGAGGGCUUUUAAGCGGAAUUUUACGGUGUCUUUGUCAGUUAUCUGUUGAACAUGUCUGGAUCUAUUUAUUUUGAUCAAAAUAACCAGUUCGCGGUGUGCGUGUUUUAUCAAACAUUAUCAGUAAAAGAGUUCUUGAAGAUUAUUUUUCUGCAGAGAACCUUCAACUUGAACGUAAGCUGACAGUUUUGUUUACUUAUUGUUUUUUAAUCUGGUACCCAGUAGCCUGCAUAGCAGGCCCAAGAAAGAACGGGCGCGCGAAAGGGAGGGAGACACGCGUGUCUCCCUCUCGCGCUAGUUCUUUUUUGCGCCCCUACUUCCAAGCGCCUGCUACGCAUGCUAGGUACCCAGAUCUCUUGUCGACAAAAUGUAACAUUUUUAUCUGGGUACAUCAUUGAUUAACAAAUGCUAUUCAACUGUUUUUAUAAGUAUCACACAAUUACAUGAGGUAUAUUCAUUGAAGUGGUUAAAUGCAGACAUCUUGAAUAUGACGUCGUGAGAAGUCAAGUGCGAGCAGCACGCGUAGGGCUCUCGCGCGACUCGCUUUGCUCGCCUCUAGAAAUGGAGAUCUUGCUCGUCGGCCACCUGUGUGUGAGAGUUAAGGCAUAGUUAUUUUUUCUACAUUAAGGUAGAUCGAAUAAUGACCGUUUUUGCGCAGUUUAAGAAUCAGUUAUAUCUUUCCAGCAACUUUUAUGAGGAAUUUCCAGUUUAUUAAAUGAGCAGUGAAGAAUUUUAACGAGGUUUUUAUUAUCUUUAGUCAUCUAAUACAAGUUUACGGUGGGUUGAAAGGGAUUUUGUGAUUGCCAUGGGUUUCUUACGUAAUGUGAUUCGCCAAAAAAGUAUCGCGCCAGUUUCCCAACCAAUUAGAAUUGAAUUGAAAGCUAUUGCUCUCGCGCAUGCGCUUGACGGUGGCCACACGUAUAUGUUUCCAGAUCUGAUUGGUUCAUUUGAUUACCUGUACGGACAGUGGACAAAGCUUGGGCCCAAAUUUCCAGACUAGAAAAUACUUUUUUAAACCUACGAAUUAAUGUCAUUAUAAAAUGUGUCAUUCCUUUUAUAUUACUCAAUUUUAUAUUAAAUUGUGUGGU